AAAGACUGAAAAGACCAAUUAUUACCGAAAUUUUAAAUUACAAUAAUUAAUUGAAUAUUAAUUAAGGUUAGAGAAAUGAGAAAAGACCAGGAGCAUGUUAAAUUGAUUAAUAAAAUGUAAUCGAUGGUACGAAUAAGUUAGUGUAUAACGUUAGAUGUUGCAGACACUAUCUUGGAUACUGUAUUUCAUGAUAUUUAUAGGAAUAAUCUUCAUAGCUUUGUACAAAUACAUGACAAGAAAUUUUGGUUAUUGGGAAAAGCUAAAAGUAGAUGGACCCAAACCUAUGCCAUUUUAUGGCAACUUUUAUGAUAUAGUUAAGAUGAAAUCAACAAUAGCGCAAAGUUUAAAACAAUUAUACGACUAUACUGAUGCUCCGUAUGUCGGAAUAUAUGUAUUUGACAAACCAGUGUUAUUACUUCGUUCUCCUGAAUUAAUCGGAGAUAUAUUGGUAAAAGAUUCCCAUCUGUUUCUGGAUAAAACAAUAGUAAUGCCUAAACAUAACGUACUCACUCAAAACUUUUUGUUUUUUCAAACUAUGCCAAAAUGGAAAGAAAACAGAACUAAGUUCACUCCUUGUUUUUCACCUUCAAAACUAAAGGGCAUGUUUCCAUUCAUAAGUGACAUAGGCGAGGAACUGGACCGAUAUAUUGCUGAUUCUCCUGAAAUUAUCGAUGUCAGUGAUUUGUCUGGUAAAUAUUUUAUAGAAGUUAUUGCCAGAUGCAUGUUUGGUAUCAAAGCUAAUUCUUUUAAAUCCAAGGAUGCAGGAUUUAUAAAGAUGUACAAAGGUAUGUUUUCAUUUACGUACCGCAACCUGUUAUCCCAAUCAGCACAUUUCUUUUUUGGGGAAUUGGCAGAAAUUUUCCAACUAAAUUUUCUUGAAAAGUCAAUUACCGAUUAUCUUUCUGAUGCACUCUAUACGGUGAUUAAAGAAAGAAAAGCACACGAUGGAAAAGCACAAGAUUUAAUCGAUAUAAUAAUAGAUAUGUCGAAAAUGGAAGGCAAAGAAAAUUUGUCGCAAGAAGAAAUUGAACAAUUAAUCGCGAAUGCGAUGUCGUUUUUGGUAGCUGGAGGAGAAACUAGUACUUCAACCGCGUCGAAUGUCUUUUAUGAGUUUGCUAUUAAUCAAGAUAUACAAGAAAAAGCUAGGAAAGAAGUGCUAAGAUGUAUGGAGGAGGAUGGUGGUAUUACAUAUGAGGCAAUGCUAAAAACUGAUUAUUUGGAAAUGUGUUUUUAUGAGGCUAUGCGAAAAUAUCCAGCAGUCCCUCAUUUUUGUCGAAAAUCUGCAACUGACUACAAAAUAAGAAACACGGAUUUAGUUCUUCCAAAAGGAACCCGCAUAUACAUACCACUAUUGCCUCUGCAUAUGAAUGAGAAGUAUUUUCCGGAGCCACAAAAGUAUGAUCCAGAACGUUUUCGAAAUUUUGACUGGAGCAAGGAUGGAAAACUAGUAUAUAUACCUUUCGGAGCUGGACCCAGACGUUGCCUAGGGGACCGUUUUGGCUUAAUGAUGUUUAAAGUGGCAUUUAUGCAAUUUCUUUCAAAAUACCGAAUAGAGAGAGCCGAAGAUACUCCUGAUGAACUUGAGUUUGAAAAAAAGACGUUUUUAUUAAAGCCAAAGAAGGGGUACAAUUUAGUGAUAAGAUCAUUAUAUUAGCAUAUAUGUAGAAUUACCUCAACUUUUUAAAUAAACAAUAUACUAAUUGUUAA